AUGAUGUACUCCAACAUUCUCUCUCUGAUCUGCACUGUAUGGAUACUUCUUAUUCCGUGUGCUGCCCUUGUUAUCGUUAGAGACACAGUUCGAGCUGUUCUAAAUGCGGCGGAGGCCCGAUCAACGCCAGCCGAUAGUGCCUUGUGGCAACUAAAUGUCCACGAGAAAGCAUUGCCCAGCCGAGCUCGUGCAAUAGAUCAUAGGGCAAACGAACCACAACAGACAUUCGCUGGAGGUCUUCGGCAACCCACUAUUCACGAAGGCGUAGCUUCUUGGCAACCGGUUAUUAAACGCACUGGAAGUCCUGUUGGAGGAUUUUUAUUUGAGUACGCCGUUCACGACAAGAUCGUCGAUUCCUAA